UGCUGACUCAAAACACGCGAUCACGAGAGGAAUACCGCCAAGAAAUUAUUGCACGGAGUUUCCGGACGGUGUUUGACGGCUGCUAACUCGGUCGACGCGUACUUCGAGUCGCUCGCUUGAGCACGACAUAGAGAUAUUGUUAAUAUGGCAGACUCUCGUGUCUCUAGUGUUGUUUAAGUUCGUGAAACUGACUGACCGAGUGACAAAACAGUGGGUCCUGUGUACCGAAGGGCACGCAGUGUGAUGUGUAUGAAAUCUUGAUUGCCUCGUGCCGCCGUGUACACGUGCGAGUCUCGCAAUCACGCGCGCUUGAGCGAGAGAGGGACGUGAUUUCUUGUGAUUGCCACGGAAUCGCCAAUUGCGCGAAGACCCCCUCGCGAGCGGAGAUCGUCGUCGCGAAGAGAGUUUCUCGACCAGUUAACGCAUCAACGAACGUUUUCGCGCGUGUGUGACUUUUCUUUUUUCUUUCGUUUUUUUUUGAUUUAAACAUCCGUCCACUUUGUUUAUCGCGGGCACGAUGAUGGGACUCGACAACGUCGCGUCGUCGUGAUACGCAGCUGGUGCGCACGUCGCAGGUAGUGUUGCGCGGCUACCGCGCCGCGCUUUUCCCUCAAUAUUUUGACGUCUCUGCGCGCAUUAUAACCUUCCGUUCCUUUGUGCUCGUCAACUCGAUUCCCAUCUCCGUCCCAAUACCAGUGUCAAUAUCGCCGUGCGUGCUUACGAACGUGCGAACGAGCUGCCACGAUUGUAUUCGCGACUAGUCCUUUUAGUGAUUUCUCACAGUUUUUAAGAGAAAUGUUCGGAGAUUGAUAUAGCGUACACUAUUGUCGUAUGUACUAUUUGCAAGAUGUUUUUGUCUCUGUACCACGUUUUGAUGUAACUGCUACUGAGACGCUGCAAUCAAGAGGUUACAUGUGGUUAUUUGUCAUGGGUUAUCAGCAAUCUCAUGAGAUUGAAGAGUUUGUGAGUGUUGUAUUAGAAGAGAAGUAGGUGUGCUAGUUUGUUAAACAAAAAGUGCAUUUGGUGUGAGCCCUCUGGGCAAACAUUUCAUAUUAGUGGUGCCAUCGGGCUAUGGCCAACCUGAACUUUGAACAACCACCACGCAGUAUUGCGAAUGCAAGUCUUUCUUCACGCACAAGUGGUGGGGGGGGUUUGAACACGUCGGCCCUUGCGGGUCAUGUCACACCCACUUCGGGCAUGUUCUCAGGCUCGUCCGCAAGCACUUCAAGUACGGCAAAUUCUGCGGUAGUCAUCACUAACGUUUAUCCCGGUGCAUCUAGCUCCGGAAGUGGACAGAAUAGUCAUCAACCACAGCAGCAGCAACUCUCUCCUAUGGGCAGUAGAGGACUGUUUGGGCAGAGAGCUUUUACUGACAGACGUACGAUGCCUGCUCUUGGAGCUUCGAAUCCAAUGGGUAGUAUGGGCAGUUUCGGAAUACCUCCAAGUCGUAAUUACGGAUCUCAAGGUGCGGUCAAUAAUUUCCACUCUGUUUUCGGGAGUGGGGGUGGCGGAGACACGAGUACUCCGCCACUGUUAGAUUUAUCAGAGUUUCCCUCCUUAACAAAUAGAGGUCAAGGUGAUUCUAUGCCACAACCUAGUCCCAUGCCAGGGAAGCAACCGUACGUUGGAAUGGUGAAACAACCGACAUCGGAACCAAGUGAAUUUACUAUGAGUUCGGAAGACUUUCCCGCGUUACCCGGUACGCAAAAUAGAGAGGGCCCGUCACCCGGUGGCAGUGUAUCUGGUGAUAAAAAUAUACCUGUAGGACUGGGUCCGGAGAUCGGACAGGACGUAUUACAGGCAAACAGAGCUCUCGGAUCUGAGAAAUCUCAGUCUUCUAAGAGAGGCAUUCAAACAUCGCCUGAUGGCAAGGUGACGAACAUACCCGCAAGUAUGGUGAAGGAUCAAUUCGGCAUGGUUGGUCUUUUAACGUUUAUCAGAGCAGCAGAGACAGAUCCGAACUUGGUGUCGUUGGCGUUAGGCCAAGAUCUUACUGCGUUAGGAUUGAAUUUGAAUUCGCCGGAAAAUCUCUAUCAAAACUUCGGUGGUCCUUGGGCAGAAACACCCUGUCGACCACAGGAUAUUGACUUUCACGUACCACCGGAGUAUCUUAUAAAUGCCGCGAUCAGGGAUAAGCUAGCGCCAGUUAAACUAAAUCGAUAUAAAGACGAUCUACUGUUUUAUAUGUUUUAUACAAAUGUUGGGGAUGUAUUACAAUUAGCGGCAGCGGCAGAACUGUAUAACAGAGAAUGGCGAUAUCAUGUAGAAGAGAAAGUUUGGAUAACGCAGGCACCAGGUUUGGGGAUGGUAGAAAAGACGUCGACAUACGAACGUGGUACUUAUUAUUACUUCGAUGCGCAAAACUGGAGAAAGGUAGCUAAGGAAUUCCAUUUGGAUUACACGAAACUAGAAAGUAAACCUUAUCUUCCCACAAACUUACACCAAACUCAGCCUUGACUACAGACUUGUCUGCAGACCAUUGUGCUGUAUUUAAGCUGGAAACGAAUCAGCUAUUGUAUAAAUGAACAAAUUUAAUAAUCUUUAAUAAAAACAUAAAAUUUGAAGAGUAAUAAAGUAAAUUUUCUUAUCAAUGAAUUGGACACCCUUCAUCCUUUGGUGUGUCAAUUCUUCAUCACCAUUAUUGUCAUCAUUAUCUUAUCAUAAUGUUGGCUUA